UGAGAUGUUGCUGUUGAGUCACCCCGUAACCGUAACCGCGACUCGGCCGUUUACACACUGAGAUGGACGCCUCUAGCUCCAAAUAGUGACCGAUUAAAUGCGCUUUUCAGCUGCCACGUCAUCUUAAACACCGCUGCUACGCUGUGUUAGACGGGUACUUGUCCAAAAUGAUGGAGGAAAUCGAUAGGUUUCAAGUGCCAGCAGUGAACUCGGAGAUGCAGCCGCUGGACCCAGCAGCAACAUCCACAUCAGAGGCUGACUCAGACACAAGGGAGGCAGAGUCUGUGGCUAUCAACUACAAGCCUUCACCACUGCAAGUCAAGAUUGAAAAACAGAGAGAGUUGGCCAGGAAAGGCUCAGCAAAGAACGGAACGGUGGGCAGCCCGGUCAAUCAGCAGCCUAAGAAAAACAAUGUAAUGGCCAGAACACGGUUGGUUGUUCCUAAUAAAGGCUACUCAUCCUUAGACCAGAGCCCUGAUGAGAAGCCCCUGGUAGCACUGGAUACAGACAGUGACGAUGACUUUGACAUGUCCAGAUACUCUUCGUCAGGAUACUCCUCAGCCGAGCAAAUCAACCAAGACCUGAACAUCCAGCUGCUGAAGGAUGGCUACCGCCUGGAUGAAAUCCCUGAUGAUGAAGAUCUAGACCUUAUCCCCCCCAAAUCAGUCAACCCCACCUGCAUGUGCUGCCAAGCCACCUCCUCUACUGCCUGUCAGAUCCAGUAGCCCCUUAUACACUCCCCACCCCCUACCCCGAGCCCUCUUUUCCAAACCCCCUCUACCGUGAGUGUACCUCACUGCUACACUUUAACCCUCAAAAUAGAAUUACUACUAAAGAAUUUAAACAAACUUGUGAGAACGGUUAUAUUAAAACUAAUAUAUAGAAGAAAAUAUCAGAAGGAAAUGCACAAAGGAUACUAACAGUCAUUGGUUCCUCCUAUGGUAGGACAUGUGAGUCUUUGUAUCACCACCAGAGGGUGUUAGGCUUAGGUGCGCAUAUGUAUAGAAUGUGUUGAGGCGAAAACGAAUGCACAGUUUAAAAAGAGUAAGAAAAAUAACUGACAUAUAUUUGAACAACAUUUCACACAAAUUCUUUAGUGUUUUACGCUUGAAUCUUCACUCUUUGCCUCCGUUCCAGCUUCUUGUUUCUGUUGUCGAUGUCUUAGUGCAUAACAAUGUUCAGCUAGUGCUGUACGAAGGGAAAAAGUAGCAUUUUGUUUGUGAGUGAAAGGGAACUUACCUGGCUAAUAGAAAGUCUGAUCCAUUUUUUGUAUCUUAAACCAAUUCAUUGAGAACAGUAUUAAAACAGUGUAGCAUAUGGUUAUUAUGGAGCUUAAGUACUAUUCAAACAAGAUUCAUUUUACGUGGGGAGGUGGUGGUGUGUUAUUAUACCACAGGACGUCUGUAGGACGUCUGUAAUGUUUAUGAAAGGUACGCACAGGAUAAGAAAUCUGGCUAUAGAUUACAGAGAUGGGAGUGGCUUCUCCAGUUACGCACUGCCUUCACUCCAAAAGAAGAGUAGAAAACAUGCCAAAACAUUUUUAGCCAUUAUUUUGUUUUCCCUAACCACUUGUUUUGCUGUCUUACGUAAUUGCGGCAUGUGAUUAGCUUGGGAAUUUUCAGCCAGCAGUCAGUAUUAGCACAUAAAGUUCCCAUCAUUUUACUUUUAACGUUUGGUGUCAUAUUCUGUGGGUAGCACACUACAGUCCUCUUUUAAUUUGAGCCACAGAGAAUACAAGUAAAUACUUCUUCGAGUGCUACCAUACAUAAAUCAUUGAGAAUUUGUAAACAAAGAGUCGCUUGAUGUGAAAUGUUUGACUGUAGAGAAACUUUCCAACUCAUAUUUUCUUUAUAGUAGUGUGAUGAACCAGGGUUCACCAUGUUGGCAGCACAUAUACAACAUUUUUUUAUUUACUAUCCAAAAACUACCACUGAACCUACAUGUCUUCUAAAUUUUGAUAUUUGAAAUUUUGAUAUUGAUAAUGGUACAAGUGGUUAAACUAAAAAAACAAGAAAAUUCUUUAGGUACUAUUUUGCUAUACAACAUCCUGCAUGGAUCUUUCCAUCCUGAAUGGACUUCUACAAUAUGUAAAAAAAAAUAUAUAUAUAUUUCAGGCCAAAAUCUUCUCAAAACUGUCAUAAAACAAUGUCUCGGGCAUCAUGCAACUUAUUUGUACCUAUGUCUUGUAACAGCUUUUUGAGGUAGCCUAUACAGGCAUUAAACACUUCGGACGUAUCACCACUACUCUACACGAUUCUGAAUCAGGAGAUUUCUCUAGAACUGCUCAAUUCACAUCAAACCACCCUGAAUGACUUUUACAUGCAAAUGAUUUAAUUCCACAUACGUACAUACGUAACACAUAGAAAAAUUCAGUCUGAAUAUGAUUGCAUUCUUACUGGCAUGUCAAUUCGCAUGGGAUUGAUAUAACCUGGGGUUUUAACUAGGGUUCGUUUUGUAGUAGGUAAAAGCCGACUGACGUGGGAGCACACAGUCUGUAAAAAUUGUAGAUUGGGACGGGACUAAAAACACUGAGAAACACCUGAAAAAUGACAUUACCCCACCUCCUCAUGUAAAAGAGUACUUUAAUCUGGUUUGAGACACUUAAAUUCAGUUAAAACACUUGCAAUUGAGCUUGAAAAUGAACAGAAGUUAAAUCAUAUCUAACAAUGAGGAACUGAAAUAUACUAAUUAUAAUGAAGGGAUUCAUUCAUUCACUGUUAGUGCAGUGACUGGGAUCAGAUAUGAGACUGAUGCUUUACAGAAGAUUUUUUUGUGUUUAGUUACUUGCAUUUACCUCUGUUUACUACAUCAAGUUAUGGCGUGGAAUUAAAGCAAAGUCGACAGACUUCGUAUCUCUAGUGCCGACUUCAGUUACAGGUGCAGCACUUCUGUUGUUUGUUUGUCUGUUGACAAGGUAAUAACUAGCAAAAUAUGAUAAAUAUGACUUUAUACAGCUCUGUUGGGAGGCAUUAAUAGCACUGUGUCCACUUUUACUGUACAAAAUGUCAGAAGUGACAUAGCUAUUGCCAUACAUAUUGCAUAGCUUUCUAUAACACGACUAAACUGUCGUUGAUUGUUUUUUUUUAUUAUUGUUUAAUUUGUGCCAAGAACUCCUAAUGAAAAGCGAUGAGUGUUCUCAGUGAUGCCACAAAUGUCUUUGAUGCUCCUCUGCAGCCCGACCGCUAAUGGAAAUAAGGACUGAGGAAAAGUGCAGGGUUGCCAGAUCACAGCUAAUGCCCCUACGAUGUUCCAUCUCUGAGAGCUUUUCUGUUAAUUAAUGUCUUUCACUGACACUUUUGACAAAGCGCCAGCAGCGCAUGCGUUUAUCCAUUUUAGCCAUUUUAGCCAAAGAUUAGUGAACCGUUUCACAGAUUGACUGUGAUCUGGACCAUAGUAGUGUAAAAUUGAAAGAUUAUUCAUUAGAGGAGUAAACUUAUAGUGGAAAUUCCACCCAAUUUUAAAAAUGACUGAAUGGAAACAAAUUCAAUCAUGUUUUGAUGCAACAUGGAACAGUGGAGGUGAUAGGACCCAGGAGUUGCAUGGCUUUUGCCUUACAACACCCUGCAUGUACUUCUCUGCCAUGAAUAGAUUUCAAGGAUACGUUUUUAUGCCAAAUCCUUUACAACUAUCAUAAUACACUGUCUUGAACCUAUUUGUAACCUUUAAUGUAAUAACAUCUGGUUCCUGUCACCAACACUGCAAACUUUUGACUCCAUAAGUUUCUCUGAGGUCGUAGAUUUCACAUCAAACCACUCUGAAUGACUUUGUUUACAUCUUAACCAUUUAAUUUUGCAAAAAAUUUGGAACACACCAUUAAUCUCUGUCUGGCAAACUUAAGCAAAUUAACUUUUCUUUAGAAGACCCUGAAGAUUUUAAAGAAGGUGGUACUGUAGAUGUAUACAGUAUUGUAUUACAUUUCUUUUAAACAGUUUUAAAGCUGAGUACGCUAUGUUUUUAGAGGUCUUCUUAUUUCAUGUAUUGUCACAGUACUUAUUAUUUGUACUCACUGUAUCGUAAUUUGUCAUAGAUGUCCUGUAGAUCCACCAUGUGCCACCUAUCCCCCCUCCCCCCCCCCGCUGCCAUUUUUUAUUAGAUGCCAUUUAUGCAACACAUGAACACACACACACACCCCAGUAACACUCCAGCUUUUUUAAACACAGCACACUACUUUAGGGGAAUGUAUGAGAUAAAAUAACAAUGGAAUUGUAUGAAUACUACUUAAUACAUUACCAUGUAAAUGUCAGAGAACACCCUUCAUUUACUUAAUUUCCAGUCAAACCAGCCAUUAAGUACAAGGUAUUCAUUUUUCAGUAUCAGGAAUAAAUACAGAAAACACAAAAUUACAGAGAAGCCUCAACAACUAAAUAUAAUACAUUUUUUCAGUAUUUAUUGCAGCUUUUAUUGCAGCUUCCAUUUUUUUCAGGGGACUUUUAGCUGUUCAAAAAAACUUUGGGGACUGUGAGGUGGACAUGUUUUUGUAUUUCUUUUUCUCAGUAAGGGUGUCUUGACAGCUACACAUCCUUUCAGACCUAUAAUGUUGAGUUGUCAUCUCACAAUGGAAGGAUCGACAGAAACACCUGUGGAUUUUUCAGAUCUGAAGCAAGAGUGCUUCAAAAAUUAAAGCUUUUUAGUACUGUUUACCUGAUGAUAACAGUUUUGGUGGUCUACCAGGUCUUGCAAGGUUGUAAAGAGUCACAUUUAUUCUUCUUUAAUAAUUUUUGAAUUUUUCCUUUGACUUUUCACGUCCUUAUACAAUUGGAUUAUCUUAUAUUCAAUCUCAGAAGUAAAGAAAAAUGAAAUUGUUCUUAAUGGCUCUUUGGACUAGAAAUAAAAUGAAGGGUAGUGUCCGCUUUUUUUUUUUCUUUCUUUCUUUCUUUUUGGGUUUUGUGGAACGGCUCAUCAGCAGGGUCCAAAAUGAAAACACUAAUGUGCUCAAACAAAAUGAUUGAGCGCUUUAGACUGUUGUAAAUAUGAAUUGGACUGCUCUGCUCCUUUAAGCCCUGACCAUGCUCUGCUUUGUUUUGCAGCCAUUUUCAGGAUAGUCUGAUUGGACAGGGGCUUUUAGGUACCAAGUUAUCUAUUAUGUUGUAUGCAAGUUCCCCAGUGCAAAGCCUAAAACUGUCCAUUCUUUUUUUGUAUGGUGUACACACUUAAAAAAGAUGGUUCUGCAUGGAUUCUUUAGUAAAAAAAACAGUUCUUUUUAGAACCAUGAGUUCUGUUCAGACCCAUUUCAUGCAUUUCAUGUUUCUA